AUCAGGACAAGCGUUCAAAUUUCUUUAUAUUUUAAGGUUAAAAAGUUUUCAUUUUAAAAAUUUUUGGUAGCUGGUCGGAUCGAGUGUGUGUUGUAUUAUCAUCAUAAAUUGUGUGUUUUGGUGUAAGAUGUUCACAGUGGAUGCCGGCGCGGAAUUAGCAGCAACCAACGAGGUUUCAUUAAAUAGCCAAUUUCAUGAGCAGAAACUGGUGGAGCACUUCUGCCGGCAAACGCAGCUGCUUAAGCUGGUCGAGGGGUCCUCCGGCAGCUUUGUGGCAAAUUAUAAAAACUCGAAGCGGCCAGAGGACCUGCUGGCCCCCAUUCAGUUGCGUCUGGAUUUCGACUACCAGCAACUUCUUGAGAUCUCGCCUAAACUCCUUCAGCUAAUCGUCGAGGAACCCCUGCAAUUUCAAGAGGCUGUCCGGUACUCCAUAUACGGCCUGGUGAGGUCACAUCUGAAGAACGCUGGGCUGAAACCCAUCGAUAUUAACCAGCUGCACGCUCAGUGGCGCCUGGUGGGACUGCCCUAUAGCCCGGGCAUCCAGUUCGAGCCUCGGAAUCAGUCGCUGCGCCUGGGACUGUCCCAGGUGCAGGGCAUUCUGGCAGCCUUCACGCCGCCUGAAACACUGAUCCUGCAAUCGAUCUGGUACUGCGGCAGUGGCUGUAUGCGUAAUGCCAUACAGACCAGCUCAACGGAUGCUCCUUUGUGUUCGGGUUGCUCUCGGCCCAUGAGUGAAUACCAAAAGUUACGCGUUACCGAAGUCUUUCGAAUCCUAGCAAUCCUACCAAGUGCCACAGUUCAUACACCACGUAUCACCGGUUGCCUACAUCGUCCCAAAUUAAUCCGCCUAAGAGCCUACUCCCACGACUGUGAUUUAAAGUUGGGAUCUAACUAUCUCAUAACUGGCUACUUUGCUCCAUCGGCCACAACUUAUCAGUUGGAAGCAUGCCACCUAAAAAAAAUCUAG